AUGAACGCUGCUUAUGGUACUCAAGAGACUAAUCGACAAAUAGCAGAAGCAAUUGGUGAUGGAGUAUUUGCAAAAUGUUGGUGGUUUGCAUUUUGGAUGAAUAUGAUUUAUUAUGGAUCGAUCACUGUCUUGUUGGCGGAUCAAUGGAUCACUGAAAAUCGCGUCUAUAGAUUCCGUGAUCGACGUCCGAAGAAGACAUGA